GUCCCCAGUGAUUCGACUCAUUAGAGUAUAUUUAAUUAUUUUAAAGGCUCUCUCAAGUACUUCGAAUCAAUUGGCGUUGAAGCUGUUGUUUUACGAGCUGGUUUCAUUUGAACACCUUGUUCAUGCUGUCUCAUGCAGGCUUAUGAAAAUGAUGCAAGCAGACUCUCCAGGGCUUCUCUCCAGCUCCUGUUUGUUUUAAUAAACAUAGUAUGUGUUGUUUCUCAGCCUCCAUAGAACUCGUAACUAUUUCUGACUGCAGUCCUAAAACACUACAUAUCUUAAAAUGCUGACAGUCAGUGUUGUGGAAACUAACAUUUCUCCCUGAUUCCCCCACCCUGGACUCUUUAGAGGGGUCUAUAGUAGUGUUUGUGACAGCUCCAUCAUCAUCAUCAUCAUGUCCAGGUCGAACAGCGUGAGCCCCCCUGGGCUCGGCCUGAGGGGAGGGACCGAGCACAGGUCAGCGUGGGGCGAGCGCGAGCCCGUGGCCAACGGCUGUCCGGCCAGGCCGGCGCGCUCGAGCGGCCGGUGGAGGGAGGUGGAGGGCCGAGGGACCACCACUACGACCACGACCGCCCCAGGCAAGACGAGGAUGAGUCUGAGGUCCAAAUCCGCGUGGCAGGAGCGCGGAGACGAGGGCGGGGUGCGCGCCAAGUCCGUGGAGCUCGGCCUGGACGAGCGGAGAGCCCGGACCAAGGAGGAGGAGAUGAUGGAGGAGGAGGAGGAAGGGCGCGGGGAGGAGGAGCGGCAGCGGCAGCAGUUAGCGCCCGACGCUCGCGCCUUCUCGGCGGCCGCGUGCUGCAGCGGCGUCAUGCGCGUCUUCAGCUCCAAGAAGUUCCGCUCGGAGAAGCUGGAGCGCCUCUACCAGCGCUACUUCUUCCGCCUGAACCAGAGCAGCCUGACCAUGCUGAUGGCCGUGCUCGCGCUCGUAUGCGCCGUCAUGCUGUGCUUCCACUGCGCGGGCGGCCCGUGCCACACCGCCUAUGUGCUCACCUUCUCGCUGGCCAUCGUGCUCGUGCUCGCGCUCAUGCUCGCGUGCAACCGCAGCGCGUUCCACCAGGACCACAUGUGGCUCGUGUGCUACGCCGUGAUCGCCGUGCUGCUCGUGCUGCAGGCCGUGGGCGUGCUGCUCGUCAGCCCGCGCAGCGCCUCGGACGGUGUGUGGUGGACCGUCUUCUUCAUCCACGUCGUGUACACGCUGCUGCCCGUGCGCAUGCGCGCCGCCGUCGCCACCGGAGUGGUGCUGGCCGCCAUCCACGUGGUGGGUUCGUGGAAGCUCAACGAGCAGGACGAGCUGCUGUGGAAACAGCUUGUGUCCAACGUGCUGAUCUUCUCCUGCACCAACAUAGUAGGAGUGUGUACACACUACCCAGCAGAAGGCUCUCAGAGACAGGCCUUCCAGGAGACCCGAGAAUGCAUUCAGGCCCGCCUUCACUCGCAGAGAGAAAACCAACAGCAGGAACGCCUCCUACUCUCUGUGCUUCCCCGGCAUGUUGCCAUGGAGAUGAAAGCCGACAUAAAUGCCAAGCAGGAGGAUAUGAUGUUUCACAAGAUCUACAUCCAGAAGCAUGACAAUGUGAGUAUCCUCUUUGCUGACAUCGAGGGAUUCACCAGUCUGGCGUCCCAGUGCACAGCACAGGAGCUGGUCAUGACCCUGAACGAGCUGUUUGCCCGAUUCGACAAACUGGCUGCAGAGAAUCACUGCCUGCGGAUUAAGAUCUUGGGGGACUGCUACUACUGUGUAUCCGGCCUGCCAGAGGCACGAGCUGAUCACGCCCACUGUUGUGUGGAGAUGGGAGUGGACAUGAUCGAGGCCAUCUCGUUGGUGAGGGAAGUCACCGGGGUCAAUGUGAACAUGCGUGUGGGGAUCCACAGCGGCCGAGUCCACUGUGGGGUCUUGGGCUUGAGAAAGUGGCAGUUUGAUGUAUGGUCCAAUGAUGUCACUUUGGCCAAUCAUAUGGAAGCAGGGGGAAAAGCAGGCCGUAUCCACAUAACGAAAGCCACUCUAAACUAUCUGAACGGGGAUUAUGAUGUGGAGCCUGGCUUUGGCGGAGAGAGGAACGUGUAUCUGAAGAAGCACAACAUUGAAACCUACCUCAUAGUGGGCUGCAGCCAGAAGAGGAAAGAAGAGAAGGCCAUGAUUGCGAAGAUGAAUCGGCAGCGCACCAACUCAGUCACCCACAACAGCUCUCACUGGACCGACCGGCCAUUUUAUAACCACCUGGGUAGCAACCAGGUCUCCAAGGAAAUGAAGAGGAUGGGAUUUGAAGACCCUAAGGACAAACAUUUCAUUUUCAGAAACACUCAGGAAAACCUGAACCCUGAGGAUGAGGUGGACGAGUUUUUGGGCCGUGCCAUUGACGCUCGCAGCAUCGACCGCUUGCGCUCCGAACAUGUCAAGAAGUUCCUCCUGACCUUCCGGGAGCCUGACCUGGAGAAGAAGUACUCUAAACAGGUCGACUCCAGGUUCGGAGCGUACGUAGCGUGUGCUUCUCUCGUCUUCUUGUUCAUCUGCUUCAUCCAAGUCGUCAUCGUACCGCACUCCAGUCUGAUGAUUGGCUUCUAUGUGUCCUGUUUCAUCAUUCUGAUGGCUGUCAUGUUCGUCUCAGCCAUUUACUCCUGUUACGUGCUGUUCCCACUGCCCCUACAGAACCUGUCUAAAAGGAUUGUCCAGUCCAGACUUAACAGCACUCUGGUGGGAGUCUUCACCAUAGUACUGGUCUUUCUCUCAGCCUUUAUCAACAUUUUCACAUGCAGCACUGAUGAUCUGAAGGCGUGUUUGGGGCGAGAGUUUAACAUCAGUUUAACCCGCAGCAUCAACGCCUGUCAUGUGCUGAACUCCACCUUCAAUUAUUCACUCUGGUCACAGGACAGCCUCUGUUACACCUCUUCACCAGCCUGCAACUUCCCUGAGUACUUCUCAUCGUGUGUGCUGCUCAGCCUGCUGGCCUGCUCUGUGUUUCUGCAAAUGAGCAGCAUCGGCAAACUCUUCCUCAUGCUCUUCAUCGAGAUCCUGUAUGUGCUAAUAGUGGAGGUGCCGGAGGUCAGUCUGUUUGACAACGGGGACCUGCUGGUGAUAGCCAAUGCCAUUAGUCCCGGUAAGGACGUGAAUGGAACGAGUUGCACGACAGACUCCAGGGUUCCUCUGAAGAUCAUGACUCCGGUGGUCAUCACUGUCUUCGUGUUAGCUCUCUACCUACACGCCCAGCAAGUGGAGUCCACUGCCAGACUAGACUUCUUAUGGAAGUUACAGGCCACAGAGGAAAAGGAGGAAAUGGAGGAGCUGCAGGCCUACAAUCGACGUCUCCUUCACAACAUCCUCCCUAAAGACGUUGCUGCUCACUUCCUUGCGAGGGAACGGAGGAAUGAUGAGCUGUACUACCAGUCCUGCGAGUGCGUGGCCGUCAUGUUCGCCUCCAUCAGCAAUUUCUCUGAGUUUUAUGUAGAGCUGGAGGCCAACAAUGAGGGAGUGGAGUGUCUUAGACUUCUCAACGAGAUCAUUGCUGACUUUGACGAGAUAAUCAGUGAAGAUCAGUUUCGUCAGCUGGAGAAGAUUAAGACUAUUGGCAGUACCUACAUGGCUGCCUCUGGCCUCAACGACUCCACCUAUGAUAAGGCCGGCCGAUCACACAUCCGUGCCCUGGCGGACUACGCCAUGCGCCUUAUGGACCAGAUGAAGUACAUCAACGAGCACUCCUUCAACAAUUUCAAAAUGAAGAUUGGUCUCAACAUGGGUCCAGUUGUGGCCGGAGUUAUCGGGGCUCGUAAACCCCAGUACGACAUCUGGGGCAACACAGUGAAUGUGGCCAGUCGCAUGGACAGCACUGGAGUCCCUGAAAGAAUACAGGUUACAACUGACCUCUACCAGGUCCUCAAUUCUUAUAACUACUCACUGGAAUGCCGAGGAGUUGUCAAAGUCAAGGGCAAAGGGGAAAUGAUGACCUAUUUCCUGAAUGGUGGACCCAGCAGCAGCUAACAUCCACUGUGUCUUGCAAUUAUAACACUAAAGACAGUGUGCAGGGCUUAACGUGGAGGAGAAGAAAGGGACUGGGCAUUGUGGUUUCUGUGGCCUUGAGGAACUGUGGAUCAAUUGUUCACAGAUAGCCCGUGCCCAGUCUUGGAGCAUUUUGCCCUUUCCACAUACUGAGCCCUCUCUGAUGGCCUAAAUGGAGGAAACUUGCUGAGCGCCUUGUGUUAGCGGAGAAACUCAUUUAGGAGCUCUGUCUACAGAAACAAGGUUGUCUGAAGAGACCAAAGAAACUCACACGCAAGGCGGUUUGUAGAGGACGGAUGCACUGCUCUGAGGCCAUUCCUCCAAACGAGAUGGGCAAUACACGUGUAUUCCUCAGCCUGACUGGCGAGCCCAGGUGGCUCCAAAACAGAACGCGUGAAGUCACUGAGGUAUAUAAAAGAAACAGAUGUUUUAUGUGUAUCUAAUACAUCUGUGUAUGUGAAGCAAUGUAUGUUCACACAGUUCUGUUGUCUUCAAACACUGUUGAGCUAAAUAUGGAUAGACCUACUAAAAUAUGGCCAUAUAUAGCGCAGGAAAGCUAUACAGACACAAUUCUUAUCAGCAUUUCCGGAACUCUGCUGGACGACUGUGCUGAACACUGAAGAGUCGAAAGGUGAUAGUGUUCUGUGUCUGGAUACGUCAAAGUCCAGAAUGGGGCCGCUUUGUUUUGUGUGUAGGUAUGUAUACAUAUGCAUACCCAGAAAAAGUGUUUUUCACUCACAAAAACGUAAAACUCACUCACUACACUGAAGACACUUUGAAGGAUAGAGAGAGCAUCCAAGCCUGGCUUUAUUUUGUAUUUUUGACAUUUUGUAUUUUGUCUCAAAAACAAAAAAACAACAAACCUUAUCGAAACUAUUUUAGAUUCUAUAUUUUGUACAUUAAUAUAUUAGAGCGAUGUCUAUAAACACCAACGUGUAUUCGGAUGUAUAUAUCUGAGAGAAACGUGCAACCAGCCGUGCAUAUUUUAAUGGGUAGGGGUCAUUUUUUAGUAGCUGUACAUUCUGUUGCCCUUGUGCUCCUUUUGCAACUGCACACAUUUGAAGACCACAAAAACUCUCAAAGACUGGGGAAGAAGAUUUUAACCUAAAAGAGUCAUUGUAUGCUGUGGUGAGAAGAAUGGGAUGUUCCAGAGCAGAAAAACGGAUUGCAGGACUUUUUUUAUUACACAGCCACAGCCUUUUAAAUCUCUUUAAAGAUCAGAAAUGACUAGAAACCCUGCGAUCAGCACAGAUCUCACUGCUUUUAGCCUUGCAUUAGUGCUACGCUCUCCAAGAGGAGUUUGUAUCCUGAGAGGGGUUCGUUGAUACGUCACACCCCUUGGCCAUUUUUGCACUGCACUUCUGCCUUUCUUAGCCUAUCACCCCGCCCCCCCUUCCAGCUCAAUCAGAUGGUACGACCCAAUGAAUGUUCAUUUUCUCCAACUGAGGCCUUCAUAUGUAAAGAAUGCUGAGUGAUCAUGAAAAAUCAGUGCCAUGCUCAUCAGUGGAAUCUGUAAGGUGACGUGACAUGACAUGUUUGGGUUUAGCUUCACCUGUUUCAGUGGGACGGUUCUCCAGUGUAAAUAUCACCAAGUACAGGCAGACAGGAAUCAAGUUUCUCAUCUUUAAUGCUCCAUCUGUAUUACAGAAGGUUAAUGAAGAUGAUGCUAGUCGGUAAGACUGAUCUUCUGUUUGAGAGGUGUCUGUUACAGUAUGUGAUCAGGGCUCUUCACUUGGAACAGCAGAGUAAUAGAUUUUUUUUUUUCCCUUUUGUUCUUUUUCCUUCCAUCACUAUUCACAAAUUGGACCCUGUUGGGCUUCCAAAAGCAGUUUAGUCUCUUUUCUUAGAGGGAAAAAAACAGUGCCAUAUCUUUUUACUUUGACUUUGUCUGACAAGAGAAGUUACAGUGAUGUCACUCUACGUUUUGGUAUUUUAUGUUCUUAUGUAUGUAGUCUGGGGCCUUUUGAUUCUCAUCAGUGUGUUCAGCUGAAUCUCAAUGGUCAUUGUGACAACUACAAGGAACCCUACAGUGGUGGGUUGAAGGUCAAACUAUAUGUAAUCCAAAUCCCUUUUCCUUCAAUGUCCAGGUUCUGAAGCUGUAUGUCUGUGUACAACAUUGAGAGAGUGCUUCACCUUCAGUGCAAGACAUUACUGAACUGCAAAUUUCACAGAGCUAAUACAUGGGUUGUUUUUUUUUCUUUAUCUGCCAUGUCAAAAACAUUAU